AACCUCAAUAGGAGGAUCUUUGAUAGAGCAUAUUGUAAAAAUACCACAAUUGUUUUAGUCAUUGCCUAGAUUAUACUUUAGAUUAAAUUACAUACAGAUUGAGAUAUACUUAAAGCAGUAAUUAAUCAUUCUUUGUCACACAAUCAAGUAAUAUAAUUCUGUUCCUCCAAAAUAGAAUAAUAUCACUCAAAAAAUCCAACAAGCAAAAACCAAUGCCUUUCAAAAUCUAAUUACACACCUCCUAUUCUAUGAAGUAGAUCAGCCGAAAACUGGAUGAACAACAAAUUCCAAUCACUACUAAAGCAGCUGUAACUGGAUUGCCUGAAAUUAAGCUGAGAUAAAUUCAUUUUGGAUUGAGUUAGAAUUAUAGAUUAUAUAUUUUAGUUUGAUGAAUCACAUCGUGCUUUGAUUAUAUAAUACAUUAAUUAAUAACAAAAAUAAGCUUGGCUCUGAUUUAUAUUGAGUAAACAGGGAUAGUAAAGAUUUUAUAGCACCUAGAGCUUGGUGUAACAAAGGUAGACUUUUUAUAUUGAUUGAUCAGAGGUAAUAACGAGAAUCAAUAUCUUG